GACAAAACGGAGCGAUUUCGCAGGAGAUAUCUUGGAAUUAAACCCUGCCUUUUCGAGUUCACGGGAUCAUUCCUUUGGUGAAUGUGCUCACUCGGAGUAUCAGAUCAGAUGGAGGACGUGACUACCAAGGGAAGGUCCAUCGCAGUCUGUGUGUGGUUGGUCAUGGUCGGAAUUGCUGCUGAUGUGGAGUGUUCUGGGCAGGGGACCAUGGCAACCCAGAUGUCGAACUCGCCACUGAUGAAUUCUAGGAAGCCAGUCUCCAGCAGAAUGGGGGGAUGGGAUGGAAGGAAGAUGCUGAACUCCACGAAUGCGGCUGGGCGGUCAGUAGCUCAAGUGACGAUGGCAGUUGGUGUUCCUAUCGUUCUGUGGUGCUUGUGGGUCGGACGUUUGAAAACUCAAAUAUUGGCCUGGAUGGAGAUGCACAGUGAGAUCCCACUAUCAGCAGUGUUACUGCCUGCUCUGGCAGCACCCCCAAGACUCCAGAGGAAUCCAGCCCAGUCUGUGCAAUCUCUCCCCAGGACUAACACCCCACCCAGACAAAGUCCUGGUGAAUCUCCCCUUCACACAGGGGAUCCCUCCCUUGGGUCCACGGACCCCUUGGUUAAUGGUAUUGGUCCUCUGCAUAAAAUAAAGUUGAGAACCCCUGUCUUGUUGGUAAACACCUACUUGGGUUUGUCACAAUCAUUUCUCCCACAUUCACAUCACAUCAGUUGUUAUCACAUCAUGCCUGAAGUACCCUGUGGUUAACCACAAGUCACAGACUUCAAUUGGAAAAGCAUCCUCCCAGCACUCCCCUCUUUGUCUCCAAUCAUCUGCCAAUUAUCCAAUUCAACUUGGACACCAAGUGCCUUCUGGACUUGCUCUCCACCAACACCACCCCCUCCCCGCCCACAAACCAAUCAAAGACCUUCCCAAAGUGUUUCUGAGUAAAAUAUACGUCAUGGCCCUGGUCAACUUAUCCGAGUCACCACCUCAUUAAAUCUCAGGCAAAUUAGGGGGAGAGUGUGAUAGGAAAUGCUCUGUUACCAACUCUGUUAUAAGAAUUAACCUUAAUUAAUAAUAAUAAUAAUAAUAAUAAUAAUAAUGACGAGUUGGGUACAGAAAAACAUGUAUUUCCUCACAAUUAACUUUAUUGGUUUGACUAACAAACACAUGGGUUGCUAACCCCAUUUCCAACCCUCCUGCUCUCGGGGCUGGGUUAGGGAUCAUCAUGGUAGAUGUGUUGGCUUUACGACAGUUAUUUAGUUUAUAAUAUUUUCGCUUAGUAAUUCAUUUGUUAGUAUUUUCUAGUUAGAAUUAGAAGUGUUUAAAGUAUAUUCAUUGCAUGUAAAAAAUAUCGGCAUGCGAUGACGUCACAUCCGGUUUCGCCACGUCUUGUGGGAAAAUACCGGUUUGAGAUCAACACGAGGGUGGGGGGCUCACCACGAGGCACACCUGAGCAGGGUUGUUUGUAUGCAUUAGAAAUCACAGUGAGAGCAACGCUGUAAGUUAAUAGAUAAUCGAUAUAUUGAACUAAGAUGUUAACGCCGAUCCUGUUAAAAGUAACGACGGUCGAUAAUGUUUAUGUUUUCGUUAGUUAAAGAGUUGCGGAUAGUUUGCAUUGAAGUGUAUUUAAAGUAGUCAAUGGCAUAGGUAAACUCUGCCUGUAUACUUCACCUUAAUGUAAUGUAGUUAUAGUCACUUUUACAAGUAUUUACAAUGGAAAUGUGAUAUUAAGAAAGGAACAAAUACUGUAUCAAUCUUGUAUUGUUUUAUCAACAGUUUUCACCAUAUGUUAAUGUGAAGAGUGAACAGUAAAUGGUUAAUCUUA